AUGCUCCGCCACGCCCCCACCCGCGCCACUCGCUCAGCGCGCUCAGCCCUCCGUGGCAUUCGCGGACUGCAGAGCACCCCCGCCGAGUCGACCUUCUCCCUGCAGAGUCAGCUUCCCCGCCUUCCCAUCCCGACGCUCGAGGAGACGGCUACGCGGUACCUCAAGUCGCUUGAGCCUCUGCUCUCCGCCGAGGAGUUCAAGGCGUCGCAAAAGGCCGUAGCCGAGUUCAUCGCGCCGAACGGCCUCGGUCCCGUGCUCCAGCAGCGUCUGCAGGCGGUCGACAAGGCGGCGCCGUACUCGUGGCUCGAGGACAUCUGGCUCACGAAGGCGUACCUCGAGUGGCGCGACCCGUCGUACAUCAACGUGAACUGGGCCGCGCUCAUCGGCGACAACGGAGUCGCCAUCCUCCCCAACAGCGCCGUCAAGCGCGGCCAGCUGAGCGACAUUCAGGUCUCGCGCGCGGCCCGCGUCAUCAGCAACAUGCUCGAGGCCAACGAGCAGAUCAACACCGAGACCUUCCCUGUCGACAAGGCGCGCGGUGCACCCCUCGACAUGGCCCAGUUCAAGCGCCAGUUCGGCACGACGCGUAUCCCGAAGGCGGGCUGCGACGAGAUCCGCUCCGAGUGGCCCUGCACUGCCCGCCACAUUCUGCUGAUGUACCGCGACGUCGCGGUCGAGGUGCCCGUGUACAACAGCGCGGGCGAGCGCGCCUCCACGUCCCAGAUCGAGGCCCAGCUCCGUGACGCGGCCAAGGCAGUCGACGCGCAGAUCGAGGCCAGGGGCGCGCAGCCGUCCGUCGCGAACCUGACCGCCGCGCACCGCGACCACUGGACCAAGGCGCGCGAGCACCUGAUCCGGGACAAGCACAACGUCGAGUCGCUUGACAAGGUGGAGCGUGCGCUGUUCGGUGUGUGCCUCGAUGUCGACGUCGACCCGUCUACGCUGGACAACAUCGAGGCCAACUGGGCGCAAUACGCGCAUGGCAACUACACGGCCGAGAACAGGUGGUUCGACAAGGCGAUCGAGCUCAUCUUCCUGCAGAACGGGCGCAUGGGCGCCUGCUGCGAGCACACGCCCGUCGACGCGCUCACGACUGGACGUUUGCUCUUCGAGUCCCUGGCGAAGGAGCACGGCGAGCACUCCUCCGCGGGAGCGAGCGACCUCGCCGCGCCCCAGCCGAUCAACUUCAACCUCGACGCCGAGGACGUCAAGUCCAUUGACGAGGCGCGCGACGGCGCAAACAAGCUCGCGAGCGACCUGCGCUGCCUCUUCGACCUCCAGCCCGCCUUUGGCGCCAAGUGGAUCAAGGCGCUCGGCGUGUCGCCCGACGCCUUCUUCCAGGUCGCGCUGCAGGCGGCGUACUACAGGCAACACGGGGGCACGGCCGCCACCUAUGAAUCGUCCAACCAGCGCAAGUUCCUGCACGGGCGCACCGAGACGAUCCGCUCCUGUACGUCCGAGGCGCUGGCGUUCUCCCAGCUGCUCGACGACAGCAGUGCCGACGCAAAGAGGAAGAUUGACUCGUUCAAGCACGCCGCCGGUGUCCAGAAUGCACUCACGCUCGCGGCGGGCAAUGGACAGGGCGUCGACCGCCAUCUCCUCGGCCUGCGCUGCCAGAUGAAGCCCGACGAGGCCGCGGCCGCUACGCUCUUCAACGACCCCGCCUACGCUAAGAGCACGACCUUCAUCCUCUCCACGUCCAACACGGGCGCGGGCGAUCUGUUCCGCGGCGGUUUCGCGCCCGUCACCGGGGCCGGAUAUGGCGUCAACUAUGCUGUCGACCCGAAGAACAUCAAGAUCACCAUCUCGGACUGGAAGUCGAGCAAUGCCACUGAUGCCCCGGCCUUCAAGAGCACGGUGCUCCAGACCCUUGCCGAUGUGCAGAAGCUCGGCGAGCAGGUCAUGCAGGAGUAA